AUGCCACCGGGCGCCGCGGCUGUCGCCGCCGCCUCGCAACAGGCCGACUGCUGCGGCCACGGGCCCGGGCCCGGGUCCACCUGGUGCGGCGGCGGCGGCGGCUGCGACGUCCCUGGCGGCGCGUCCUGCAGCUACCUGCCGCUACGCAAGCGGCUGUCCGUGGACGGCAAGUUCCCGGCGCCGCGGAUAUGCAUCUGGGAGUGCGACGGCGAGGCCGGGGACAUCACCUGCGAUAUCGUCGCCGCGCCGCUCCGCCGCAGCUGCAGCGCGAGGGCAAUGCCGCCGCCGUCGCCGGCCUCGCUCUUCCGCCGGAUGAUGAGGCCGCCGCCCUCGCGGCCCAGGCAGCCGCAGGGGGUGGUGGAGGAUGAUGUGGCGGCUAGGAGGCCCGGGGAGACCAUCUCCAAGGGCCACCGGAGCUACGGUCUCAUGCUUAACCUGCAGCUUGGCAUAAGCUAUUCGGUGGGGAAGUCAUCGGCGCUGCCGUUCAGGAAGCUCUCGUCAUCGGACUUCGACCCGCGGGAGAAGGUGUGGACGCGGUUCCCGCCGGAGGGGUCCAAGCUCACGCCGCCGCAUCACUCCGUGGAUUUCCGGUGGAAGGACUACUGCCCCGCAGUAUUCAGGCACCUAAGGAAGCUGUUCGGGGUGGAUCCUGCGGACUACAUGCUCGCCAUCUGCGGGAGCGACACGCUCCGCGAACUGGCGUCGCCUGGCAAGAGUGGGAGCUGCUUCUUCGUUACACAGGACGAUAGAUUCAUGAUUAAAACCGUGAAGAAGGCAGAAAUGAAGGUUCUAAUUAGGAUGCUGCGGAGUUACUAUGAACAUGUUUGUCAGUACAAGUCCACUUUGUUGACAAGGUUCUAUGGCACACAUUGCAUCAAGCAAGCUGGAUGUCCCAAGGUCCGGUUCAUUAUAAUGGGCAAUUUUUGCUGCUCAGAGUAUAAGGUCCAUAGGCGUUUUGAUUUGAAAGGCUCAUCACAUGGUCGUACUAUUGACAAAGCGGAAGAGAAGAUCGAUGAAACAACUACUCUAAAGGACCUCGACCUUUAUUAUGCAUUCCACCUACAGAGAUUUUGGUACGAUGAGCUGAUGAGGCAAAUUCAGAUGGACUGCACAUUCUUGGAGACACAAGGGAUUAUGGACUACAGCUUGUUGCUAGGAGUUCACUUUCGUAAUGAUUUCUCAAUGUCUAAAAUUGGUGUAUCUCAGUUUAUUGGUUUGCCAAAAUCCACGGGCAAAAGAAAAUCAUUUGAAGGUGGAGGCGAUGUUUGUGAGCUUUGCUUUACGGAAUCUGGAUGCAAGGACAGAGAUUUCAUUGUUGACUCUCGGAAACCACUGGUCCAGUUAGGCAAGAACAUGCCCGCCCAGGCAGAGCGGAGGUCGAAGAGAGUCCUCGAUAAGUUUCUCCUAAACGAAAGACACUUGUUUAUAACCACAUCAAGUGGCGGAUUCCGGGAUGUCUAUCUCUUCUUUGGAAUAAUUGACAUUCUACAAGACUACGACAUAACCAAGAAGCUCGAGCAUGCAUACAAGUCCUUUCAG